UAAUAGAAAUUUUAGUGCAUCUAUAUUACCUACGGGUAUAUGAAAAAAUGUAAGAUAACUUUGUAAAAUAGAUCUUCAAAAAAUCAUAUCAAAUUUGCAAUAAUUUAAUAUACGCCUAAUUCCAGAAAAUUUAUUUAUCGUAGAAAUAAUAACAUCUGCAGCUGUACCAGUGAAUGAAUAAAUAUGUCACGUACAUCUAUCAAAGACGUCACGAGUUUCAAAUUAUUAUGUUGAUAAUAGUAACGCGUGUGGUCCGCUAUUGUCUACGGGUGGAGUGGUGUGUGGUGCAUCGGUGUUGCAAGUUGCAGCGUCCGCGGCGCGGGAGGCUGUGAGACCUGUUCCGUAGGGCCGGCGCAAGCGCGGGGCAGAGUUGGUGCGGCCGGCUGCGUCGCCACCGGCCCACGACUCCACUCGGAUCGCCACUCAGUGCACGCGCUGACUCGCCGCCGCCAGCCUGCGUGACACGCCUCGCGCUGGGACUCCGCGACACUCGCACGCGAUAAAUACACAUCGCUAAAAACUUUAUGACCUUUGCCAACUUUCCGCGAGUUCACUCACCGCUGUUCGCUGUACCCGAGGUGCAGUUUGCGAUACACGGUUCUCUUGAAUAGUGCAUCGCGAGUGAAGUUAUAUUUUAAAGGUUCAAGGGAAUUAUCGGUCUGAAUUUUAAGGUGUUGCGCACUUGUGGCGUGGCGCGGGGUGAUGCGAGGAAGGCGGGACGGCGGGCGCCGGCGUCGCGAGUAGUAGCGACCAUGCGGGGGCACCGCGCCCUCGCCGCCGCCUGCCUUGUCGUGCUCGCCAUCGCAAUACCUGCCAACACUGUCUCAGCUUCUUCUGCUGUGAUCAGAGGAGAACGUGCACCCUGUUCGAACGAAGGCGAGCCUGUCCGUCUUCAGGACGCGAGGCUGGAGCACGACUGGAGCAACUGUUUCAACUGUACCUGCAAGAACGGCUUCGUAGAGUGUCGCAGUGGUGUCGAAGAGUGCGGCAUCAUGGACGACUGCGCAGUUGUGAUGCCUCGGGAAGGCUGCUGUGCCCGCUGCAAAGGUUGCUGGUACAACGGCACUGAACACGCGUCCCACUCGGAGUGGGGGGAGGACGGCAGACUCUUGCGCUGCGAAGCUGGCGUCGUCACCAUCUCGAAGCCGGAGUGCUAUGCGCCGUGCGACCGGCCCAAACAUCAGAGGCACACGCAUUAUAACUGCCCUGUCUGUGAUGAAUGCGUGAUCAACGGGCAGCGCGUUUGGGAAGGCCGGGACGUGCGCAUCCCCGAGGAACCCUGUUUGUCAUGCCGCUGCGUGCGCGGCGCUCUCUCCUGCGCAAAGCGAGCGUGUCCCGUACUGCCGUGCCACCGCAGUCAGCAGACCACUCCGAAAGGAGAGUGCUGUCCACGGUGUUUGCACCCUACUGCUGAUAAAAUUUUGCCAAUUUCAGGAAUGACAUUCGCAAAGCCAUGCAUAAUCGGAAGGGAAUUCCGUGCCCAUCUCAGCAGAUUCAGGGUGGAUCCGUGCACAGACUGUACCUGCAUGAACGGAACGGCUGUGUGUUCGCGUCACACCUGCCCAGUGUUAACUUGUGGUGCCAAGGCAUUACCCCCCACUCCUGGAAAGUGCUGUCCGGAGUGUCCGUACAUUGAGGAAGCCAAAGCUGCCUGUAUUAUUGGUGGAGUAACUUACCAGGAUGGUGAAACGUGGCAACUAGACGCCUGCAAGUCGUGUGAAUGCCACAACGGUGAACCAAGGUGCGCUAUGGAGAGAUGUCCAACUAUAAAUUGCCGACCAGAUCAAAAGCUGCAACACUUACCAGAACACUGCUGUCCAAAAUGCGUGGACGCGGAAGGAAUCUGCACAGUUUUUGGAGACCCUCACUAUAAAACUUUUGACGGAAAGUUCUAUAGUUUUCAGGGUUCAUGCAAGUACCAACUAGUAUCAGAUUGUGACAACAAUACGUUUUCUAUUAGAAUAUCGAAUGAUGCUAGAAAUACUUUACACUCUUCAUGGACUCGCACGGCCACUCUUAGAAUAGGAGCUACUAGAAUAAAUAUGGGAAAGAAGAUGAGAAUUAAAAUCAAUGGCCACCGACUGACACUACCUCACAAACUGAACGGUGUUGCAGAAAUAACCAGAAGCAACGGGUCUGUUCUUCUUAAAACUGAUAUCGGUGUACAGAUGUUAUGGGAUGGAGAUGGGUUCCUGGAAGUAACUGUAUCAAGUGUGUACAGAGGGAAGCUCUGCGGUCUUUGUGGGAAUUUCAAUUCUUUGGCGAGAGAUGAUAUGCGUGGUCGAGAUGGUAGAUUAUUGAACGACACUUGGAGGUUCGGGACGUCAUGGCGCGUCGGUGGAAAGCACGCGUGUACAAGACAGCAGAAGCGGCCGAGUAGGCAGUCUAGGUGUCGACAGUCGAAGCAAAUAAAGGCGCGUCGCUUGUGCCGCGGAUUUAAUCGAUACCCAUCGUUCUCAGAUUGCAGUGCCAAAGUGAAUUCUCACCAUUACAAGGAGGCGUGUGAAUUAGAUGCAUGCGGUUGCUCGGGCACUAAAUGUCAUUGUGCUGCAUAUAGAGCGUAUGCGCGUGAAUGUGGAAGGUUGGGUGCUGAGCCUCACAACUGGGCAAGUGAGGCGUGGUGUGCGGGGCAGUCCCCGCCUUGGCUUCGACCCGGGCGUCGGGGCUUAGAGCGCGCCGCCAGCGUGCAUAAGGCUGAACUGCCGGAGCUGAGCGCCAUCCCCAAGCUGAACAGCACGCGCCCCCGCCCGCCGCCACCUAUACUACAUUGAUUAUGAUUGCGGCAUCUUGUUACUAGUCAAACCCGCCAGUGUCGCUAACGACAGAUUGUAUUAAAGAAAUACAAGAAACAUCGAUCGUUUGUGACUUGUAUUGGAUAUGAAAAACCAGCUUUUUAGGAAAGAAGAUCUAACUACUUAACAGUAUUCAUACUACUACUUAUAAUAAUUAAGUAAUGAAGUACAUUAUAUAUUAUUUUAAUAAGGUCAUUAAUCUCAGUUCUGCCUUGUAGAGACCAGCGCCAUAUACUCGUAUUAUUAUGUAAGUACACGUAAAGCAUUCCAUGAACAGUUUUUUUUUAUUAAAGAAUACUUGCAUUCGCUUGUAAUUCUUUCAUACGCGGUACCUCUUUAAUAAUAUAAUCUGUAGCUGGUUUUAGUUCAGACAUCAGGCAGAUCCUAUUUCGAUCAAUGUGAUAAACAAUAUUUUAAUUAUUACAUUUUAACUCUAAACGUUUCGAAUAGGUAGUGAUGAUUGGGAGACGUUUGGUAAAACAAAGUUCAAAUUGAGAUCUCAACCGUAGGUAGUUCAGAUGGAAAGAUACUUAUAUAACUCUAGCUAUUCGAAGCCAAGAAGCUAUUAAUAUUGUGACAUGUAUGAUGUGUACAUAAAACGUAAUUGUCGGACGUCUGUAACUCUGUAAUUUAGUUAUACUUACUUAGUUGUUUUAAUCGAAGACUCCUGUAAAGUUUAAUUUUAGAUACGUUACCAAUGAAUUUUAUUUCUGACUUUGUAAAUGUUAAAUAAAUUAUAUAAGCUAGGAGCAGUCACGUUUCAAUAUAAAUUGAUUAUGAUUCCACUGAUUUUAAUUAUAUAUAUAUAUAUAUAUAUAUAUAUAUAUAUAUAUAUAUAUAUAUAUAUAUAUAUAUAUAUAUAUAUCUCUUUUAAUAUAUAUCUAAUGUGUAUCAUAUUUAUUAAAGCGUACCUAUUAAUUAUAUUUAUAUUAAACGUGCUAACACUUAUUUUAAAUAUUUAUUUCACAUUGAUUGACAAGACGAUUGUAUAGUUUAGACGCAAAUGGUUCUGAUACGUUUUAGGAUAUGACUAAGGAUUGAUAAAUACGCUAAAAUGACAAAUUGACGUUUUCUCACGUACAGAAGUAUAAAGUGUGAAGUGCCAUCCGGAAACGGCUAAAUUGGACAAUUGUGAUAAUAUGUUUGCUUUGCUUCACCAUAAUAGCUGAUUGUUUAACUAUACAUACUUAUAAAAUACCUAUUAGCCCUAUUAUUAUAUUUAUUAUAUUUUUAUAGUUAUUUAUGCCAACGUCGGCUCACCACUGUAUAUUAAAUUAUUUUACUGUCAUCUCGCAUUAAAAUGAUUCAGUAUGUGUAUUUUAUUUUUAGUGUUAUUCGCUUUCCACGUGAAAGCCGCUGAGACAUCUAAUUAUAAAUGCUCUCGUUUUAGAAGAUAUCUUUUGAAUAUGAAUAUUUAAAUUACAUUCUUGUUUUUACUUUUAAGCAGAGCCUACGUUUUAUGUAGGCUUUUAAAUUAUUUGUGAAGUUUAAGUGGAUAACUAUUUUAUUUUUAAGUUUAAUUAACAGAAUUUACAAUUUCACUACUCGUGGUACGUUUUAACUGCAUAUGUACGACAAAAACUGGUAUAAAAUUGAGUAAUUUUUCGAAUGUCAUUCUUAUAAACCUAGAGGUGCCAUACUAAUUGGACAUCUACUAAACGCUAAUAUUUAGUUAAAUGGAAAUGCCAUAUUAAAAUAAUUAUUUUUAUACAGAUGGGUAAACCAUCAUGUGUCGUAAGAAUUUGUUGGAAUAAAAUUAUAGUCAGUAAGGUAUGAGGAGCAUAUUUAGCUUUUUCGCUAGAAAGUUUUGAACGAGUUGGCCUAAGAAUGUAGUGGCCUAAUAUUUUUUUGCAUGUUGCAAGCUGAACAGUAGACAUGAGCUAUUCAAUGAACAAAUAAUUACAUAAUAAAACAUGAUUUAUCGUU